AUGGAAAUGGUAAACUUCAUGAACGAUUCGACAUUGAUCAAAACAGAAUUAUGGUUUCUUGCUUUCGAUAUUAUUAGUAUUAUAUCUACUUUAUUAUCUAUUAUAUUCGGUCUUUUAUAUUUAUUUAUUAUUAUAAGACAUAAAACAUAUUCACCAGUACAAAUGCUUUUAGUAUGCAAUUCAUCUGUAGCUAUAAUUCUUUUAAGCUGUAUACUACUCAAUAUGGCAAUAUUCACAUUACAACAUGAUUUACAGCAGAGUAGUGAAAAAAAUAAUCCAUUUUGUAUCAUUUUAGGUUUCUUCGGAUAUUGUACAGAUGGUCUUCAGAACUAUUCAUAUUUAUUAACAGCCGUCUAUCAAUAUAUAUCUGUAGUCUAUCCAAAUAAAAUUAUAUGGCGAACAAUUAAAUUUCAAUUUUGUCUUAUACUUGUAAUUUGGAUUGUCUGUAUUUUGUAUAGUCUUCCAUUAUUAGUGACUGGACAAAUAAUUUACAAUAUUGACAAUCAAAUUUGUCAAAUACCUCUUCGUUUAUCUCUACCAAUGGUCUAUGUCGCAACAAUUAUCUAUAUCAUUCCUAAUUCCGGUAUUCUUGCUGUUUAUAUUAAAUUGACUCGAUAUGUUCAUCGAAUGAGUUCUCGUGCUAUAUCAAAUCAUACUAUAUUUCAUGCUCGACGAGAAUUAAAACUUGUUCAACGUACUUUUAUUCUUAGUAAUACUCUUAUUGUCAUUGGUUUACCAUAUAUGAUAUUUGUUUUAAUGUCCUUUUUUACAUCUCCACCAAAAUAUCAUUUUCGUAUUGCUUAUAUAUGUGCUGAUAUAUCUGUAUUAGUCGUUGUAAUAAUUGGAUACUGUUUUACACCAAAAAUUGGAGCGAUUCUACGAAAGAAAUUAUCUCGAUCAACUCCAGUCGAACCAAUAACAAUAAGAUAUACAGCUAGAACAUAA